AUGAACAAUUAUGAGGAAAACACUGCUUUUUUAGGAAACUGGGGACGAUUUCAGAAGAGUUUGUUUUUGAUACUUUAUGCCAGUGUUAUUCCAAAUGGGCUCGCUGUUUUAUCUGUUGUGUUUAUUGUGGACAAUCCAAAGCACCACUGCUCUGUCCCAGAUGUGAACCUGACAGAAGACUGGCUCCAAGCGAUCAUCCCAAUAAAUGUGGUGGAUGGAGAGGAGCAGCGCAGCAGCUGCAGCAGGUACAGGCUGGAUACAGUCUCAGACCUUUGGGCUCAGGGCUUUGCUCCUGGAGACGUGAACCUCACCCAGCUGCAGCAGGAGCCCUGUGUGGACGGAUGGACCUACAGCAAAGAUAUCUACCAGUCCACCAUAGUCACUGAGUUUGACUUGGUGUGCAGUGAUCAGUGGAAACAGCCGUUCACUUCAACCAUUUAUUUCAUUGGAGUUUUAUUUGGGUCCUUCUUUUGUGGACAACUCUCCGACAGAUUUGGGAGGAAGCCUGUAUUUUUCAUUACUUUGGGAAUACAGACAUUGUUCACUUUUCUUCAAGUCUUUUCAAACUCUUGGGAGAUGUAUGCAGUCCUGAUGUUUUUCAGUGGAUUGGGUCAAAUCGCAAACUAUUUGUCUGCUUUUGUCCUAGGGGCCGAGGUGUUUGCUGGAAACGCACAGACGGCGUACACCACUGUGGGCGUGUGUCUGGGCUUCUCCACUGGAUACAUGAUGCUGCCGCUCUUUGCAUAUUUCAUCAGAGAGUGGAGACUUCUGGUCCUGGCCAUUGCUUUUCCCGGAGCAGUCUUUUUACCCCUCUGGUGGGUCACUCCAGAGUCUCCGCGAUGGCUGCUGUCUCAGGGCAGGGUCCAGGAGGCAGAGGCCAUUAUCAGGAAAGCUGCUAAAAUGAACAAAGUCAAAGCCCCACAGGUCAUAUUUGCUAACAGUGUGAUUGAAGAACAUACAACUAAGAAGAUGGUCAAAACUGUUACAGUGAUUGACCUGUACAGAUACAGAGAGAUGAGACUAGUCUCACCGAUCCUGGCCCUGAUCUGGUUUACUAUGGCGCUGGGUUAUUUUGGUCUGUCACUGAACACAUCUAAACUCAUCGCAGACCCCUAUAUUGCCUGUUUAAUCUCUGCUGCGGUGGAGGUACCAGCUUACAUCGCUGCUUGGAUUGCCUUGAAGUUCUGGCCCCGCAGACCCACCCUCAUCACCUUCAUGUUACUGGGAGGAGUGUCUCUUUUGUCGAUUCAGGCAAUCCCCCGAUCGCUGCCAGCCCUGUCCAUUGCUCUGGAGAUGUUUGGAAAAUUGUGCUUCACUGCCAAUGCUGGCCUGGCUUUUCCGUGUACAGUAGAAAUUUACCCAACGUUUAUCAGAAACACAGCAACAGGAACAUGUGCCACCUUCUCCAGAGUUGGCACCAGUAUUGCGCCGUUUGUCUUCGAAUUGAGUGCAUUUUUCAAAUUCCUGCCCUAUAUAGUUUUGGGGUCCCUUUCUGUGGCAUCUGCAAUCGCUGCACUAUUCAUUCCAGAGACAUUUGGACACUCACUCCCAGAGACACACGAAGAUAUGACAAAGUUUAAAAGAUUGAGACUCUCCUGCACCUGUCAAACGAACACAUUGGUUUCGGUGGAUGUUGCAGAAACAAAACUUGUAUUACCCAAUGGAUUCGGGGCAUUCACGUUAGUCUUUUUAACUGAUGUACCUCCUCAUCACUGCACUGUUCCUGAGGCUAAUCUGACAGAAGAAUGGCAAAAAGCAGCCAUUCCCUUAGUGGUGGUGGAUGGAGAGGAGCAGCGCAGCAGCUGCAGCAGGUACAGGCUGGAUACAGUCUCAGACCUUUGGGCUCAGGGCUUUGCUCCUGGAGACGUGAACCUCACCCAGCUGCAGCAGGAGCCCUGUGUGGACGGAUGGACCUACAGCAAAGACAUCUACCAGUCCACCAUAGUCACUGAGUUUGACUUGGUUUGCCAUGAAGAGUGGAAGCAGCCGUUCACAGCAUCUGUGUUCUACGCUGGCGUCACUGUUGGCUCUUUAUUCUCAGGGGAACUCUCAGACAAAUAUGGCAGGAAGCCGAUCCUGUUUGCAACGAUGGUGGUUCAGACCAUCUUCACCUUCAUCCAAGUGUUUGCAAACUCUUGGAUCCUGUUCACUGUUCUUCUGUUCUUCAACGGUCUCGGACAAAUGUCCAAUUAUGUUGCUGCUUUGGUGCUUGGUGCAGAGACCUUGACCGGCCAAGCACGAGUCAUGUAUUCAUCAUUGGCCUCCAACACGGCCUUUGCGCUGGGAUAUAUGGCGUUGCCUUUAUUUGCUUAUUUUCUGCGGGACUGGAGGGGCCUCAUGCUGGGACUGUCUCUGCCGGGGUUGGCCUACAUCCCAAUGUGGUGGUUGAUCCCGGAGUCUCCUCGAUGGCUUCUGUUUCAGGGGAAGGUGAAGGAGGCCGAGGCCAUUAUACAAAAAGCAGCUCGAUGGAACAAAGUCCAAGCUCCACAGAAUAUCUUCGACCAGUUCACUGUGCCUGAAAAAGAAAAGGAGACUGCAAGGAAAAACUAUAGUGUGUUAGAUCUGUUCAAAACCAGCACUGUCAGGAUCACAACGCUCAACCUCUUUGUAAUAUGGUUCAUCAUGUUUAUGGCCUAUUACACGCUGAACUUGAACACAUCACAGCUUCACCCAAACCCGUUUUUGAGCUGUUUCAUUUCAGGAUUAGUGGAAAUCCCGGCCUACAUCAUCAGCUGGCUCAGCCUCAGGAGAUUCCGUCGCCGCGCUGCCAUCAUUGUCAGUUUGUGUCUGGGAGCUGCGCCAAUUUAUUUGGUACAACUGGUGCCAAGAGAUAUGCCCACUCUGUCCUUGAUCGUGGAGAUGGCGGGCAAGUUCUCGUUCACUGCCGGGACAUGCCUCAUGUUCACCUACACGUCAGAACUGUACCCCACACCGCUCCGGAACACAGCCACCGGGGCCUGCUCCAUGGUGUCCCGCAUCGGCAGCUGUGUGGCCCCCUUUGUGCUCAAACUCCGUGCGGUCGGGAGGUUCCUGCCUCAUAUUACAGUCGCCACACUCAGCUUGUUUGCCGCCUUCGUCACUCUCUUUAUCCCCGAGAGUUUUGGACACUCGUUACCUGAAACUAUGGACCAGAUGGCAACAAGAGAAAGUAUACAUUGUCCAUGCCAAAGAAAAAAGGGACCCACUCGGACCAUUGUACCUACAGAUCCUAUUUGA